AUGGAGGCCAAAGUUAAAAAAAAAUUAGUAAUUAUUACUGAAGUUGAUGGUCACGGAAGACUCAUUGAUCCGGCCUCGAGAUCCAGUGCCUGGAGGUUUGGCUUCAAAACUGAGAUCAACUAUAAUGAUAAUCAACUAUUUUGUGGUGGUUUUACCACUCAUUGGAAUGUCAAUAAAGGAAAGUGUGGUGUUUGUGGUGAUCCCUAUAAUGGCCAAAGAGAUAAUGAAGUGCCGAACGGCAAAUAUGCCAAACAGUUGGUCAUUACCCGUACCUAUAGGUCGGGUGACACAAUUGACGUCAAAAUCCAGAUCACUACCAAUCACAGGGGUUUCUUCGAGUUUGGCUUAUGUCCGGCGCUCAGUAAGACUGUCGAAGUUAGUCAACAAUGUCUGGACAAAUACCGGCCUCGGGUACUAAACUCACAGACAUCGGACAAAUAUAUUGUGCCAACAAAUCGGGCCGAAACCUAUCGGAUACGAUUGAAACUGCCCGACGGUCUUGUAUGCGAUCGAUGUGUAUUUCAAUGGAGUUAUACGGCCGGCAAUAAUUGGGGUGUCUGUGCCAACGGUACCGGUGCUGUCGGGUGCGGACCACAAGAAACGUUUCGCGGCUGUGCCGAUGUCCGCAUUGUUGGUCGUCCGAAAAUCUUCGGGAACAAUAUGUUUGCCAUCGUUUGUCUGAUAACAGGUGACAUAUUCUUCUCCGCGAUUGAAGACAAACUCAUAGACAAUCCUUUCUUCCUUAACAUUUGUUGA